GUAGGAGUGGCUGAACUGAGGAGCUGGCAGUUUGCUUUGCAUGAAUCGCGGACUCCAAGUUGGUGGCUGCACCUCCGAUAUUUCCUGUGAGCCGCACAGACUGAGCCGUGCCGAGGCGAGGGCGGAGGAGGCGAGGAGAGGAAUGGCAGAGAACAGCUCCGAGACAAGCGGCUCCGUUCACCGGAGAUGUUUGGGCCAUUCUUCGGCGGAGCGAAACGUUUCGGCUGGGGUCGGGGCUUCAAAAUGGAUUCGACUAAAUGUCGGGGGAACCUAUUUUUUAACUACGAGACAGACGCUGUGUCGAGACCCAAAAUCAUUUCUGUACAGACUGAGCCAAGCUGACCCCGAGCUCGACUCUGACAAGGAUGAAACUGGUGCCUAUCUCAUAGACAGAGACCCCACGUACUUCGGGCCAGUGCUUAACUACUUAAGGCAUGGCAAACUGGUGCUCAACAGGGACUUGGCAGAGGAAGGAGUUUUAGAAGAAGCCGAAUUCUACAACAUCACAUCAUUAAUAAAGCUCAUCAAGGAUAAGAUCAGGGAACGCGAUUGCAAAACAUCACAGGUUCCAGUAAAGCAUGUUUACCGGGUGCUGCAGUGCCAAGAGGAGGAGCUCACUCAAAUGGUGUCUACCAUGUCUGAUGGCUGGAAGUUUGAACAGCUCGUCAGCAUCGGCUCAUCCUACAACUACGGAAACGAAGACCAAGCUGAGUUCCUGUGUGUAGUCUCCAAGGAGUUGCACAAUCAAUCAUACGGGACAAACAGUGAGCCCAGUGAGAAGGCUAAGAUUCUUCAGGAAAGGGGUUCCCGGAUGUGAAAAGGACUCAGUAUUAUGAGCUCCAGGUGUUAUGAUGCAAACAUAUCAUCUAUGUGGAAGAACGUGUGGCACAAUGGAGAUUUAAAGUGGGGUGUGCAUUUAUUUUGUUUUCCCUCCACUUUCUUUCUUUCUUUCUUUCUUUUUUUUUUUUUAAGUUUUUUCAUGUAAAUAAGUCUGUUUACUGACAAUUUGUGCCUGUACAUUUAAACUGGACCUUUUUAUUAAAUUAGCGGCAAGUUUUUGUUUCUAACUGAAAGUAAAGAAUUGUAAUCUACAAAUGUUUUAUGCUAUAACAAAUGGCCGCCAUCAUAUAAGGCCAAUGAUUCACUCAGGGUCAUCUGUUGAGUUAAUUCUUAUAUCCUCCAACUCAAGGGUCUGGUAAGGGAUCAGUAUGGUCUUUAUAACUCCGAGUAUCAAACACAAAAAUCAUUGUUUCAGAGAUUUUAAAGAAGGGAAUUGUUGUAUUUGCUCAACGCCUGUGAGUCAGGCUACUAAACAUAAAAUUGAGCCCAAAAGCAAACCGGUUAAAAAUGGUUACCUAAAGACUUCAGUUUUACUGAGAUUUGUGAUCAUGAGGACCUCAAAUGCACAUUUUUUUUGUUGUUGUUGUUGUUUUGUUUGUUUUUUUUGCUUUUAAAUUUCAGAUGUAUUUUAGGAAUUUUGAUUAUAACUUUUUUUUCAGUAGUAAUUAAAAGUUUAAAAAAACAAGGAAUGAUCACCUUAGAGUACAAGAAAUCUUGACUGUAGAUAAAGGGGCAUUAGGUAACCAGAGGUAGGAAAUGACCUAUAAUAAACAGAAAUAUCUGCCCAAUAUGGCAAUGUUGCAAAGCAAUAUACUUUUUAAAAAUAUAUACUUCAGGUAAAAGUAUACUACUAGUGUACUGUAGCUUCCAUCUUUAGUAACCCAGUUAAAUUGAGGUGCUUUUUUUUUUGUGCUGUUAGGUCAAAUUGACUCUUUGCUUGAAAGUCAACUAUUCAUAUUUGAACUCUGACCCUCUACUGCUAUUAGUUUAUAUAGUUUGCUUUUCUAGGGAGUUUAAAAUAAUCCAUAAAAUAUUCCCAUGAAUUUAAUAGAACUAUAUGUAGCGUGAGUCUGACAGAUAUAUCUGCAUUUAUGACAACUAAUACCUGAAAAUUAAAGAAGAGAUCAGAGAAGCACCCUUCAGCCAUGUUAGCAGUUUUGAUGUUGCAUACUUUGUCCACCAGAGGGCACUGCAACUUCGCUGGAGGCAACAUAGCUGCAACCAGCUGAUUUGAGCAAGAGUGAUUGCAUAAGUUUCAUGGAUCUGAAAGGGGAAACAAAUUGUCUGAUUAAUUGAAAUGUUGAUAUAUUUUUUUGAUUUAGUUUUUUUUUUUAAAAAUGCUACUCGCCUUCUGCUUCUCACAGUUCCCCCCCCCCCAAUUUUUUUUUUAAUCAUUGCUCCAAAAAAUCCGCUGAAAUUGUGAGCAGGUUUAUGUAGGAACUAUUUUCUUUCCAAACUACACCCUUCAGCCAAAGAAAGCAUGUGGCUAGCUGACAUUAUGGGUGAGCAGAGGCAAACACAGUUGUUUACGUCCUGUCACGAGCCUUACAUGAUGGAUAGGCACACACUUCCUCCAGCUGGCAUUUGUAGUUCAGUCAAAGAAAAUAGUUCCUGCAGAAAACAUGGUUUGUCCAAUUUAAAAAAAAAAUAAAAAAAAAAGUUUUACAUUUUUUAAUACCUGAGUCGCAUUAAUGCUGGCUUCUAUUUCUGAGUACCACGUCAUGAGUUCCAUUUAGUUAUAAUUAUAUUCAAGAGAUUGCAGACUUGAUGUAUCUAAGACUGUGUAACAGUUUUGGAUGUAUCAUUUGAUUUUUAAGCUGAACUGGCCCCUUUUUUUGUUUUUAUUUUAUUUUUUUUAUUUAAGUUAUUAUACAUUCAGGAAGUCCUCUUGCCUGUUUAAAGAUUAAGAGUGAUUACAGUUGCUCUGUUUUCUGUUAAUGUGGACCUGUAGUAAUAUAAAGACUUUGAAAGGCUCUUAAGCGUAACUUUGCAUUAAUUAGAAUUUUCUUAGAAAUGUCUGAAGUUUUAAACUAUUUGAGACCUCAUGUUCAUAAAUCUAAAGUUAACUGGUAAAGUCCUCAGGACAAUGGUGACUCCCCCCUUCCCCGCUGUCGUCUGAGUUAUCCUUAGCUCGUUUAUUUCAUAUGUUUGAGGGAACAUCAUUUGAGAUCCUUUUGUUUUGUUUUUUAAGGGUUUUUUUUUUUUUGGUUUUGGGUUUUGUUUUGUUGUUUUUUUUGUUUUGGGGUUUUUUGAGGGGAAGUAUUUGCGGCGUUUGGGGACUGGAACUGUUCGAAGGCAGCGGUGAAGGACUUUGUUCAUAUCAAGAUAUUGUUUUCAUGUAAAUAAUCCAAAUUCAAUAUUAAUAUUUAACUCUUAGGAAAACUGCACGUUUUGUACACUGUAUAGAAAACACAGCUUCAGGUGGAAGUUGUUUAUACUGGAUCUUUAAAAAAACAAAACAAAAAAAACGAGAAAACCUUGGCUUCUGUUUUUUGCAUCGUUUGUACAGGACUAGAGAUUUCGGAGUUGGGGUUUAAAAAAACUAAACAAGGAAAAAAAAGAUACUCUGUAAGGCGUCUUUCACUGACAACAUGCCUGGAACAUGUUUUGAUAACCAAUAACAAAGCUAUACUUGGCUGGCUAUGAAGUUGACUGUUACGUUUCAGAAAAACAAAAAUGUAUUUUUUUUUUCUUGCAGUGUGAUAAGAUUUCUUAGCUUUUUUUUUUUUAAUUUUAUUUUUAAUUGUGUAGAUUUUCAUACACCGCAUUACAAGCACUACAGUGGGAAACACUGUGCACACUGCUUACAGCCUGUAAUGCUGGUAAUGUAAAUACUGCCUUUUAGAACACUUUUUUUUUUAAAAUAGAAAGUUGUUUUCAGGUUUUGAUGUGUGGUUUUGAUAGGUUGGAUAUUUCAUUCACAUGUUAUCAUUUAGUGUUGCCUUUUUUUUUUUUUUUUUCUCUUCUCCCAGUGACCAAAAUCCAAUGUCUUAUGUGUAUUGAACACAUCGAUCUUAGUGUCAGGGAUGAGUAACUUUUCUUAAUGCUGGCACACUUUGUACAUAUAGACUUGUUAACGACACACAAACCUCCAUUUACUCACACGUACACGUAUACACUCGACUUAAGACCGUUUUUAUAUUGUCGGGAGGAAACGAGUAUGGAUGCAUGUUUUUAAAUAUAGAAAUAUAAACACACACACAUACACACAUAUUUAAACACACACAAGGGCUUUUAAAGUGCAAAAUUUGAGAUCUGCAAAGAGGUUCAAUCAGAGUAGACUGGAUUUCCUGCCAGAGCUAGGCUAUGUUUACAUUUGCUAUAGUAUUCUGAAGCCUUCCGAUUAUUUACCGUCUUGCACUCCCUCACACACCUGACUUGUGUGACCGCACCAAUGGCAACUAGCACUCCCCAUAAGCUAAUAUUCACUCUGACAUGCUGACAAAUGUUGAGAUACUCCAUCCAUUUUUAACAGCCAGUGCUUGAGCGUUGCAGACAAUCUUGCUUUCGCCCCCUUUCUUCUUAAAUUUGAUAAAAUGUAUCUGCUUAGGCUAAGAGCUAAGGUUUAUACAAGUCUCUUUUGAGACCUUUUUUUUAAGUGUUUUUGUGUUUGAUUUGCUUGGUUUGGUUGUAAUCUCAUUUAAAAUGCUCUGUUCAGAAGUGUUCAACGCCCCCUCUACUUGAGCAGCUACAUUACAUUGAAUGCCCUUCACAGACAGGUUGUCUGGUUUAGAAUCUGGGAUAAUCCUUUAUGUGAUGGACAAACUUAUCAAAUGUGUAGCCUGAUCCUUUUAAGUGCCCAGUUUGUUUUACAUUCAAGUCAUAAACCACAGAUCACUGUAAUGCAUGACUGAUGAUGAUGAUCACACUUGUAAUCAGAGGGAAUGAAUGUGUCAUUUUUCCUCGAUCUUAACAGUUACAUUAAUAAGGUUCUCAUAUCACUACAUAGAUCACUUCUAUAUGAUCUUAUGCAAUGUUAAAAAUAUACAAACUGAGUAUGAGGGUUAAGGGGAUAGAUCUAUAUGGUCUUGCAUAGGGUAAACCCAAUAAAAUGUUGUCAUUCA